CUUUUAUUUCCCACAGGAGACUGUCUUGAUUUGGACCUUGGAAUGGAGAGUGGAAGCAUACCUGACAACAAGAUAACUGCCUCAUCUCAGAUCUCCCAUGCCAAGAACGGGCGAUUAAACAGAGAAGGAUCUUGGUGUGCGUCCACGAGUGAUAGUAAUCCCUACCUGGAAAUUGAUUUACAAACAUUUCAUAUCAUAUGCGCCGUGUCUACCCAGGGGGAUUCCCUAAUAGACAAUUGGGUAAAGACAUACAGUCUACAGAUAUCAACCGAUGGAACUUUUUGGACAAAUUACAACGAGUUUGGAAAAGUUAAGGUAAACUGCAUACCAUUAUUUUCCGUUGGCAGCUCACUUUUCAGGGAAGUAUCUUUUACUCUUUCAUUCUAAAAACUGAAGUCUAAGUCAAAAAAUUUUGAAAAAAGAUUUUGUAAACUGCUAAAAAACAAAUAGUACAAUGAGAAAGCACUGUCAAAGAAGUCUCAUUUCAACGAUCACGCUAUUAUUCUAUCUUUACAUUGAUUUUAGAUCUUUUCGGGGAAUGACGACAGAGAGACAGAGAAAACGAACAUUAUCCAUGAAGGCUUGUUGACGAGAUGGCUGCGAUUUGUAGCAAAAAGAAGUCAUAACAAGUUUUGUAUGAGAAUCGAGUUGUACGGAGUGAAGCAAAAGCCAGGUAAAUCAAUUUUGACUUUAAAGUGAAACCGUAUCUCUGUUUCCUUGUACUUGGUUAUGUUGAAAUGUGAAAAACGAUGGUAAAACGCAAUCUCGUUUCAAAGGUUCUCUCCUACUCGUUUUCCAAGGGGCGAGUAGAAGGUCGAGAAACCUGUGAACAAGUUUGGCUUAGGCGACGAGAACGCGACGUCAUAAAUAGCAACCGUGAACUUUGAUGUUUCGCUUGAUGGAACUUCUUCCUGUCGAAACGAAAACCUUGUUUUAGCUCCUAUGGUAUGACGUCAUCUGCCCAGAGUACGGUAAGAAAGAGAAGAUCCGCUUUCGGUUUGAAGUCGACGUCAUCCUCGUUCAAGGUCAUUACUGGAACAUUAUGGUCAAUUUUCUAAAUAACACUUAACAGUUUUCUUUUCUUUUGGACACAGAUAACCUUGCGACUGGUAGAAACGCAUACCCGCACUUAGCUUGCUGUAGUACUUCGGAGAACACGUUGUAUUCGCAUCACAACUGCUCUCAAACUGCAGCUAAUAACUCCAGCUGGUGGCGUGUUGAUCUGGGGUCAGAUCAUGUUUCAGUCUCAGAAGUCCUCGUAUUUGACAGGCGUUCACAGGCUUUGGGGCAUAGAAGUAAAAGCUUUAUACUAACACUAGGUGAGUGAUUUGAUAAACGUCACGAGUGAAGGCGCGAUAUCUGCCGCUUAAUCAGGUCCAGAUUCCCCGCUUAAAAUGAACACGUGACGUUAUCUUCAUGACAUCAUCCCCCUUUUUCAUGAAGUAAAGUCAAUGACGUCAUCGGCGUCUUAUUGUAUCUAGCGUAAAUUAAUGAGAUUCCUGCGAAGAAGUGAGCAAAAACUCCCUUCUAUAAUGCUCUUUUAUAUUUAAAGAUCUAUUCUUUACAAGGUCUGAGGGGACUCAGUAGUUGUCUGUCAAUAAAAGUCAAGCACGUUAAAUAACUCCUGGUGUGAAUGGCUCCUGGUGUAUUAAAGCUCUGUAUCUGACAUAGCCGGAAUGAGCUCAGCAGGUGUCAAACAGUUGUAAACCCUAGUGUGAACGGUACUUUAUACAUUUUUUAUUAUCAUAAUGGUUGUUUUUGUUGUUGUUGUUUUUUAAAUAUUGUAAAGAAACAUUUUAAUCGUAAGAGAAAUUAUACUUGUAAUUUUUUUGAAUUUUAAUCUUGGUAUUUUUAAUGUUGUAAAUCGCCAUCAGAUGUUAGGACAUAUUGUGCUAUAUAAAUAAUCUAUUAUUAUUAUUGCUAAGAUUUGCAUUUUUCAUGGUCAGAAGGAACUCAGUAGGUUUCAAGCACGUUUAAGCCCAGAUUUAAACGGCGCCUGACGUAUUGAUUAACGCUCUGUGUUUUAUAUGGUAGGAAGGAAUUCUUCUGUCUCAAGUAAUCCUACGUGUGUUGGGCGGUACAGUUUUGCUCAGUUUAAAUCUUCAGCUGUUUGUUACACCAAUCCUCUUCAUACUGGUAGAUAUCUCGGUAUCAUCGCCACAGAUAAACAGGGUCUUAGUCUGUGCAAAGUGGAAAUUUACUCACGAGGUAACGUUAUGGAUAGAGAGUUUAAGCUUCACGUAUACGGCAAACGGCAAAUGUCAGAUUCAAUUUGAAAACUUCUCAAAACAAAAAAAUGAACAGAUAAAAACAGCUCCAGACAAUUCUUAUGGUUUAAAAAAUUGCGUGAAACUACUAAUUUAUGUGUAGAAUUAAUGAACAGUAAACGACAAGUAAGGGGGAAACUUGGUUACGUGAUACAAAUUUGCGUUUUCCGUUUGACGCAAACGUGAUGUAUUAGUUCCGACGGAAAAUCCGACCUUGAUGUGGUUAUUUCUUAUUUUUCAGUUCCAAAAGCGCUUCUCAUUUGUCGGAACUGGUCGGUCAGACCAUUCCCGUUUUCAUCCGGCGGGCCAGCUCUGACUUUUGAAAAGCACCCUAAGAUAGUAAGCCAGUUGUCUAGUGAGUCGUUGAUAGUAUUUUUUUGAGUACGUGGGGUUCCAGGAGAUUUGAUGUUUCGUCUACUAAUAGUGUUCAGUAAUGUGAUUGUUGACCUCACCGUUUCUUGUCGUUCAUUUGUCUUUUGUCUUCAGUCAGUGGAUGCCCUUCGUCACAGACGUAAUUUAACCUCAGUUAGGUUAUCAUUACAAUUUUAAAAGUUGCUAAAAUACUUUUGGGAAACUUUCUUUCGAGGCGUUGAAUUGAUUAGUGUUGAACCCAUGUGGUCACGUGAAACGUGACGUCAUAAUGAUAUUCAAAAGGAAAUUCUAAAUGGGUUAGGAUUGGUUGGUUACAAUUAAGUCUGAACCACGUGUAAAUGUUUGAUUUUUCGUGCGAAGUUUUUCCUUGGCCGGUCUGCUCUACAUAGCUAGCCGUUUUAUCUAUUGUAUAGAGAUAGGAACGUUAUGAAGUUUGAUAUCUUUGGGAUCAAGAGAAACCUUCCUUAUGAGGAAGAGAUCGUCUUAUUGAGGGUGCUGUUGAGAGAGUGUGACAGUGAGAAAUUCAUUAGGAUUAUCAUUAUUUUCCUUAAUUGAAGGAAACCUGGCUUAUGGUAAGCAAACAGAUCAGGUGAGCACGUACACUGUCGGCUCCAGUGGCAGAGCGGUAGAUGGGGACAGUAGUACAAAUGAUUUCUCUGCGGAUUUAACGUGUUCCCACACAAUGAAUGGAACUCCGAACCCCUGGUGGAGAGUAGACCUUGGACGAGUGGAGUCUGUAACCGAAGUGUACAUAGUCAACAGAGGUGACUGCUGUGGAGCGAGAUUAAGCUCAUUUGAAAUACGAGUGGGUAAGUCACAGAUGAUUUAGGGAACGAGAAGCCCAGUCCUUCCUUUUUGCUCCCCUCUCUCCCUCUCGCCUUUGGAUAAUUGCCACGCUCGAAAGCCUGAUUAUAACCGACAUUACCUCAGGAUAAUAAUCGACUAUGGCACCUUAUGGCUCCGACUUAUGGCUCCUGAGUGGAAAGAACACAAAUCAAAAGUUUUUGCUAUAAACAGAAACUUUCAUACAUCGCAUUAGUUUGCUCUCUUUCGUUACCUCGUAUUAGGGUAGCCUAAUUUGCUAAAAAUGAUUUAACAAUUCCUGGCGUGAAUAACAAUGGCUGUAAAGAUGGCUAGAUCUUCCCCAUUUUACCAAAAAAGUGGGACCUCCUCGUCUACGGUUUUUAAAUAUCUUUUUCCAUUUACUUAUUUUUCUUAUUUAAUUACCUUAAAACUUGUGUGAAACGUAGCUCUCUUACCUUUGACAUCUGCAGCUAAUUCCUUAAGAACUGAUAUUUUUUCCCAGUCACUCUUAAACGAGAUUAGUUAGUGUACUACUACUUAUAUUAUACCCUCCACACUUUUACCUUCAACGAUAAUGUACAAAUCACUUUCUUAUUUUUUGUUUCGUUUUUUGUUUUCUUUAUUCCUUUAUUUUUUUCUUUCACUCUGUGUUGUAAUAAAUUCUUGGGACAAACGAAAGAUUUCGAGGUUGAUAAAGUAGCAGUAGUGCAACCGAAGGAUGAUAAGACCUCGUUCUGAGCCAAAUAUCGACAAAGAAAAAUCUAAGCAUAUCAGUAUUGACUUUAUUUGUAGGCACAAGUACUGUCAAUGGAGGUGUGAAUAAUCCUACAUGUGGUCGCAGUAACUAUAGUGUUCCCCAAGGGAAAGGCGCAUCCUUCUUCUGUCGCCCCAGUUUACCCGGAAGAUAUGUAACUAUAAGAAGUACGUUGGAAGGUACUCAUCCACUUACACUCUGUGAAGUUGAAGUAUAUUCCGCGCGAAGAGGUAUGCUUACUGAACUCUUACUGAUACUAAAGCCUGAUAUACACGAUCAUCAUUAAUUUUAAUUGGUCUAGAUAUCAUUGCGUCACCCAGUCAGAUGUAACCCAAUUUUUUCCCAAGGACCUUUGUUACCCUUGAUCCUUGGUGCUGACCAAACGUAUCGCAGCCUCUGGGAAGAAGAUUAGAGAUAACUGCGUAUUGACAAUGCCUGUUCAUGCGCAGUAGAGAAGAAAGUUAAUUUGCUCCCGUUAAUGCUCUGCUCGCGUGCAGUUUGUUCGCGUUCUUCGGGGUUCAAUACAAAACAAAAGAAAAUCAAUCUGCUCUCCAAAGGAUAUUUUAUUCAUUGAUGAUUUAAAGUUUGUAAAACUCUGCUCUUUCAAUGAAGUUUUGAUUGUUCUAGAUAUUAUUACGUCACCCACAGAUAACUGCGUACGGACGCGCGCUCUCCUAUAUAUUUCGCUCGACUCUCCCAGGUAUUGCUCGAAGUGUAUGAGAGACCACGAAAUAACCGUAGAAUGUUUGAAAUCCCGCGAAAAGGUCUUUAAAUUUCAUUACUAAAUGAAAGGUUAUUUUUAGCUUGUCAAAUUCAAGCACUUGGUGUGACCAGCAGAGAUGCCUUUCCAGACAGCAGCUUGUCAGCCUCGACAUCACGUGCGAGACACGAGCCCUUUAAGGCUCGACUAUUAAAUGAAAAUGGUGCUUGGUCACCCAGCAGCGAUCUUCAUACUGAUGACUACUUACAAAUUAACUUGCAUUACGAGUUCUUCAUCUGUGCUGUUGCAACUCAAGGAAAUCCAGUCACUGACCACUGGACAACAAAAUAUAAGUUGCGUUUUUCACUGGACAGCAUCAACUGGCACAGCUACCAGGAGAACAACACAGAUAAGGUAUGUUAAAACAGACAGAUAUAUGCAAUACUGGGCGCAGUACAUGACAAAUUCUCUAUCGCAAUAUAUUAUAAUUACUAUAGCUCUAACUUGACUUUUUGUAUUAGACUGAAAAUUUUUAGGGAUCAGAGCUUAUUCACACGCAGCUUCUAACAUAUGGAAUUCCAUGUCAGUCAGUUUACGCACACGUUGUGAGCUGAGCGCUUUCAAUUAAAAAAUCACCACAUUUCUUUUUAAGUACGCUUUUCAGUUAUAAUUUCAUGUGUGUUUUUUUUUAACAAAUAAGUCAUUGUAAUAUUUUAUUAUUACUAUUAGUCAUUGUAAUAUUUUAUUAUUACUAUUAGUAUUGUAAAGCGCUUUGGAUCACUAAGAAUAAGGUGCCAAAUAAGUGUUUAGUAUACCUGUAUACACACUCAGUGCUGUUGGUGAUUCGACCCAUCUGACUGGUUCGCUCGGGACUGUCUCCUCGGACUAUGACGUUAUAUUCAACGCGCUAGGCGUUGAAUAUAAAGAAAAAAUAUCACUGUCGUAAACUAGGUAUUUUGCCAAAGUUUCAAAGUAGGAACUCUUAGAAAAUACAAAAAUAUCCUAGAAUUGAUGAUUCUGAAGAUAAGAAAAGAGGUCAUGAUGUUUGAACAGUGUGAUUUAUUAUGAAGUAAUUUCACUGUGGCUAACUUUUUAUUUCGCGUUGUUUAGUUUUACUUUCGCUCGAAGCAAUGUUUACCAUUACAGAGCAAAAUUAGCGAGACUGCUUUGUCACUGUUUUGUGAACCCGGAAUUUCCUCGUAAGACCAAUUUUGCCUAUAGAGUGUUUUCACAUGACGUCACGGCGGCCAUAUUGGUGUCCCAAAACAAUGAAACGGCAGCCAUGUUGGUGUCUUAAACAUGUCCUGUGUGUGGGAUUUAAUCUCUUCUCUUAUGUAAAUGCUUUCUUUUGUUCCAAUAAAUUUGCAUAGAUGAUGACCACGUGAGUGAAAACGCUCUAUAAAUAGAAAUCUAUUUAUGGGGAAAAAAUAGGGCAAAUAUUCUCCAAAACCGUACGUGCCAGCAAAUAAACAACACAAAGAACACUGCAGAUAAACAACAUUCACUUCGAUCGUAGCCGCUGUUUACAUCCUUGUUCCCCCUAUUCUCCGAAAUCCCCAUGUUCCCCUUGUUCCCCGUGCUCCUUUUUGUUCCCCUUCUUUCUCCUGUUCCCUGUGUUCUCCCUGUUACCCCGUUCCCCCUUCUUCCUCUUGAUCCCCCUUCUUUCCCCGUUCCCCCUUGUUCCCCUUGUUCCCCCGUCCCCCUGUUCCCCCUUUUUCCUCUUGCUCCCCUGUUCCUCUCGUUACCCCGUUCCCUUUUGUUUCCCUUGUUACCCGUAUUCUCUCUUGUUCCCCCUGUUUCCCCGUCCCCCCUUGUUCUCCUUUCCCCCCUUGUUCCCCCGUUCGUCACUAAAUUUAUGAAAUAUAUAUCGUUUACUUACUGCAAGAUUUUAAUACAUGCAUUUAUUAUGUCAAAACUGGACUACUUACACUCUCUGUUAUCCGGACUUCGAUAGAAUCGUAUUUUCAAACUUCAGCUUUUGCAAAAUUCUGCCGCACGAACUUUGACUGGUACUAGGAAACAUGAACAUAUUUCACCCGUUUUCAGGUCUCUUCUUUGGUUGCCUCUUCCGGAAAGAAUUGAUUUUAAAUUUUUACUGCUUGCAUUUAAAUCACUUAAUGAUCUGGCCCCGCCUUAUAUGGAAGAAAUGUUAGUUCGUUAUUGACCAACUAGAACACUGCGUUCUGCUGAUAAGCCGCCACUAGAUUAGUCAUUUUGAGGGUUUUGUAGUUUCUAUUGUCCCAGUUUGGGUCAUAAACGGAGAAUGAUUAUAAUGGCAAUAACGAUGAUGAUAUUGUUAAUGAUGGUAGUGAAGUUGAUGACGAUAAUGAUGACGAUGAAAAUAACGUUUAUGUACAUGUUCAUGAUGAUGAAGAUGCUAACGAUGAUGAAGUCUGAAUUGUUCUCUAACCUCAUUUUGCAGUAGUACUUAGAAGACCAGAGUUACUAAGCCGUUCUGCUUCUUUAACGUCUAUUACUUCUAUCUAUUUUAGAUAUUUCACGGUAAUAAUGGAAGAAACGACACAGUUAAGAAUAAUCUAGUCAAACUCACUAGAGCGAGGUAUAUCCGGUUCCAGCCAGUUGCUUACUCAACACAUAAGGCUUUGAGGGUUGAAGUAUAUGGAGUAUUGAAACCUACAGGUGAGUCGCUCUUUUACCUCACUCGAGCUUAUAAUUAACAGCAUUCGUCUAUGAGUAACUGUUAGGUAUUAAGGCUAUUUUCAGUAACGAUAUGUACCAAACUACAAACCGCGCUAAGAAGGGUAAAACAAGAGUCAGUGUAACCACCUGGACAAACACAUAUGGGCCUGUUGUGGAGAGAUGGACGUUGUGUGGCCGAAAAAAGGAGAAAUUCUAUUAUAGUUAAAAUUUUAGACCAGGGAGAAUAAUAUUUAAACUAACAGCGUCUUGACGCUAAUCCCUCUCACGAGUGCCAAUUUUAAGACUAUUUUUUUAAGCAUAUUUCUCCAUAAGGAUACUUUCCUCUGUACCUUUGGCUUUUAUGAGAACAAUCAUUCGUAAUCUCAACUAACUGACUAAGUAACUAACUGACUAAAAAACAAACAAACUAUCUGAGAGUAAAGUAUAGACAAAACAAGUAGUGUAAAAGAUUUUCACGCGAACGUCCAUAUCGAUGUCAAAGAAAAGUGUAGAUUAGGGGACGACUAUCACUUAAUCUCAAAACUCAUGAAGGCAAAUAAUGCUCAGUAAAAUAACUGUUGUAUUUUAGUUCCAAACCGAUCCCCAGACAGCUUUGUCGUGGUUCCGCUGACCUCCACAGGCGUUCGUGCAGCAUGGAAACUACCUCCAUCAGCGUCCUGGCUUGUGGGCUCAAUCACUGGAUUUAAAUUGCUGUACAAAAGAAAGAGCUCUGUUGUAGACCCACUUCGCGUCGAGACCAUUGAAAGUAAUUCCACCCUUUCCAUAAACGUCACAGGGCUUGGUAAAUAUACAGAAUAUGAAUUCCAAGUGUUGGCCUUUUCAUCUGCGGGUGAUGGACCAAGAAGCCCCAUCAUAUUAAUAAGGACUUUUGAAGAUGGUAAGGAGUGAUGAAAGGAAAGUACAAGUAAAACACGUCUAGUGAAACUUAUAAUGGCGCCUUACAUUUUUCAUUACUUCGCAACACAUUAGUUUAGUAAGAGUCAGAGUUGUACAUUGUCCAGCCAAAAGGUUAGAGUUGUGCUUCUUUUAAAUUACCGUCGUCUAAUGUUAAAAAUGCAUCGAUAAAUUGAACAACAAAGAGUUCAGAAUAUAAGAGUGGAGAUAGUAAUGGGAUGAUUAUGGCGUGGUCAUGAUCACGGCAGUGGCUGAGAAGAAUGAGAUCAUGCUGCUGAUGUUGACGGUGUUGAUGAUAAUUACGAUUUUGAUUAUCAUUAUGAUCAGUAAUCGCUCGUGAUUCGAUCACUGGCUGAAAACAUUAUGAAUCGAAAUAUACAGACGCUUAAUAAUCUUAAUAAAACAAGUGAUAGUGCUUCAUGGUCAUCGAUGUCAAACUGGAUGCAGACGAAUGAUGUGUAGAAACACAAAAUGCCCAGUGACCUGGUGACAUCACACAGUGGAUGACGUCAGGGCGGCUACCAUCGGAUAUAUUCAUAGAAAUAUAGAAAUAUAUAUAGGCCAGCCGAUUUUGAAGGCCGCUAAGACCACGCGCGGUCCACGCGUUGUGCAUGCGCUUCGCGCGCGGAACGAGAUCAUAACUCUCACCGCAAGGCCUUUUGCCUCGCUUUGCGAGGAGUUGAAAGGAAAAUACCUUUUGGUUGACGUGCGUCGCUCAAACGUGACUCUGCUUAAGUUCCCUAUUAUGUUAUUGUUAUUGAAUUCGUAGAAACGUCCUCUGUAUAGGUGCAAGCUUCUCUGACCCCUCUUAAAGCUCACAAUAUUUCAUAGAAUAAUAGAAAAAUACUAGAGUUAAAAAUAUUUCUUAUCUUAUUUGUUCUUUGCUCUUCAAUUCAUUCUAUUGCAGUGCCUUCACAAGCUCCUGUUAGCUUCACUUUGAAUGCAGUUUCCUCCACCAGUAUAACAGCUAGCUGGCAGCUUCCUCCGGCUCAUUCCAGAAAUGGUAACAUUACAGGAUUCAAAUUAUUUUACGAAAAGGAAGACCCAGCGGGGUCACCAGUUUCCACAAUUAUCAUGAACGAUGGAGCAAUUCGUGUUAAAACUGUAACAAGGCUUGAUAAACAUACAGAAUAUGAAUUUAAAAUAUUGGCAUUUACUUCCGUUGGAGAUGGACCCACCACCACUGUGAGAACUAUGAGGACAAAAGAAGGCGCUGGUAAGAGAAGUUAA